ACAGAGAUUGUAAUUAUAAUUGUACACUAGAGCCGCGAUGAGGCACCUACUCAAACUCGUCCUCUUCGUAAUCACUUGUGUCUUCAUCGGUGAGAGUGACAACCUCUCACUGUCUCAUCCCCGUGUUUGGCAUUGUCAGGUUGCGUCUCCGGAGAUCCUGGUGGUGGCGGUGGCAGCAGAGGUGGCGGGAAUGGGGGCGGCUCUCGCGGCGGCGGUCGUGGUAGUGGCAGCAGAGGUGGCGGGAAUCGGGGCGGCUCUCGCGGCGGCGGUCGUGCUAGUGGCAGCAGAGGUGGCGGCUCUCGCGGCGGCGGUCGUGCCGGUGGAUCCAGGGGGGGUGGAUCUAGAGCAAGGGCAUCAAGCUCCAGAGGGGGCGGCUCCAGAGGAAGGUAAACAAGCAACGAGCCACGUACUUGACUGGACGCCAGCCGUCAGCUGAUGCUCGCCUUCAGGUCUGGCGGUUCGCGUGGAGGUGGGUCAAGGUCAGGCACUUUCGGGGGCGGCAGAAGAGGCAGGACCGCUGUGGGAAGGUAAGACCACACACACGCUCACUGGCUGGCUCGUCACAGUGGACACCGACAACGUCUCUCUCUUUCUGGUUGUCACCCAAUUCUAGUCUCAGCCGCAGUAGGGGGUUCUCUGGUUUCAGCAGGGCAGGAUUCGGUGGGCGACCUGGACGGGGCUCAGGGAUGCGCAGCGGCACUGCGUUCGGGAGAGCUGCAGCCAGCAGAUCUGCCUUUAGAGGGUAAGCAACAAAGAGACCUACACCCACUGGCAGAUGCGUGUCACUGUGGCUUCCUUUCACUAGCAGCAGCAUGGGUGCCAUUCGCAGCAGGGCAGCGGCAACUUCUGCUGGUGGUUCAAGAGCGGGCGGCAGGCGAGGCUCCAUCGGCGGCAACAGGUGAGAGAGAGGCAGACACACGCCACGAACAAACUGCUGGUUUCUACGUCUGUAUACGGGUGCUUUUGACGCGUCUCAUCAAGGCGACCUAGCUUGGCUAGCAUCGUGGCCAGCGCCGCUCGGGCUUCGUCUGCAUCAAGGGCGCCACCCGGUCGGUCGUCGUUGAGCACCCUCAGCAGCAGCCGUGCCGGAGGGAGCCGCACCUCUCCCUCUGCCAGAGCAGGCGGGGCGCGAGGCGCACGAAUGGGGGUCAUCGGCUCCUUAGCGAGAGCUAUCGGGUCCCCCCGCACGCCAAGGUGAUACGAUCGGUACACGCACACAGCCACACGCGAGUCUAAUCUCACACCUCCCUGGCAUGUCGUCUUUUCUUCAGAGGCGCCCCUGGGCUAUCCGCUCAUCCGGACCGUCCUCAUUCCCUCCCGGCUGGUGGCAACAGACGGGACAUCCCCACUUCGCUGAAUCGGGGCGGCGGCUCCAGAAAGCGUGGUGGCUCACCCAAAGGCAUCAAAGACAGCGUCCUCUCAUCAAGCGUCCGCGAGCGGCCGACGCGCCUGGGCCCCAGGAAGAACAUCGGCAUCCCGCGAGAUCCCCUGGCCAACCGGCGUAGAGAGGUCCGUCACUUCCCUCGACGGCCGCCUGUCAUCCCAGACAAGUUCAGGACACCAGUCAAGGGCCGCAGACCAGAGAGGCCAGACGCCCCAGCCGCGCCCGUCUUCAACGGCCCGCCCCAGUUCAUCAGUGGCCCUGCGAUUCGGCAGCCUGUGCCGACGCCAGUGCGUGCACCGCCCGUCGGAGGGGAUGUCGAUCCUGAGAAGGAUGGGUCGUUUUUGAAUGGCGAUGACGACGAUUCGCGGCGCACAGGCAUCGGCAGAGGGCCGCGGAACGGCUUGGGGUUUUUCGGAUUUUUCGGAGGCCGCUAUGGCCGCUAUGGCUAUGGCGGCGGAUGGUGGUAAGCGGGAAAAUAUAAGGGAAGACCGACCAUGGGACUUGAUGUCCAUGUGCGUGUGUGCAGGUAUCCGUAUAUGCCCUACUACUGGUCAGGGAAGAGGGGAAAACCACGGCUCGUGCGGCGCGUUGUGGACGUCAUUGAGUGUUUUGAAUGCAGGUACCCUCGUUACCGGCUGGGCGGCUACCAUCACAACCAGUGCGUCGCGGGCGGCAUGUCGUGCCACUACAACUCAGACUGCUGCUCGAAUGUAUGCGCCGAAGAGACAUUUACGUGUAAGCACACAGCCACGCUGAAAGCCAACACAUCUUCGCGCCAAUUCGUGUGUGUCUUGUGUGCCUCGUGUGGCUGCACUCCAACAGGUGGCGCUGCAUUUCUGGACUAUAACGGGACCGAUGCCUACUUUGAUGAGCAUGACCCAUCCGCAUACAGGAGACUCCAGGCGAGCAAGCUCCCCCCACCGCCCCCCGUGUCGCGUCUGCCGCCGGCCUUCGAUGAGAACACGACAUUGGCCUUUCUGCCGCCCGACGAGGCGCCCUAUGUGCCCGAGGCCUACACGGGCUCGCCCCUGCCGCCGGUGGGGUUAGGGGUCAACACGACAGCCGGCCGGGCCGCACUCGUGUCGCUGCCCGAGUACGAGGCGCUGGAGGGCCAGCUGUUCGAAACCAAUGGCACAUUUGUCUACAAAAUCGGCAACGUCACAUACUUCUUCGUUCCAGACAACGAGACGGAUACCACACCGACAUUCGCUGUCGAGCAUGAGAAGCGCCGCCGGCUCGAUGGCCGCAAUGCCGAUGACGACGACCAGGCCGACACGUCAUGCGACAUAUCUGUCGGCGGCUGCCAUCCUGCCUCCCCUCCGCCCUCAUUCCUCUCUCGGACAGCCAAGCCCCGCCUGCAGGUGGAGGUCAUUCCAGUAGAGGGCCGCAUGUGGGCAGGCUGGUCGAUCGUGACAAAGACCGGCAGCCGCAGUCCGUCCACCGACCACAUCGAGCACUUCCGUCUCUACUGCGGCCCUGAACGAGACGUCAAGCGGAGCAAGCGCAACCUGAUGGCGGUGGUACCCAACAGGCAGACGGGCAGGGCGAGGCGGGCGGGGGGGCGUCCCGGAUGGUGGGAGACGGACAUCCACGUGGACAAGGACGUGCAUGCGGACAUCAAGUACUGUGUGGUGACACCGGUGCGGCGGGGCAGGGGAGGGCGGCUCAAGGCUCUGCCGCAGUCAGCGACGAAGAAGGCGGUAUGGGACCAUACGCCCCUCUACUCGCCGAACUGAGGGGGGUCAGGGAGUGAGACACAUCAAGACACAUGCGACUGACAUGGAAGUCUUUUUCUCUCAUACGCGUACCGCACCGGGAGAGAGUGAUGGGGUUUCGUGUCUCCAUGAUUGUGUGUCACGUGUGUAGCUGGCUGUGUUGAUACUUUGUGUACAUAUUGUGCGUGUGGAUAGAAAAAUCGAUCAUGUCAUGGUCGUACGUACAUCAUGAUGUCGAUAUUGUCCCCGGCAGAAGAGAGCUGAGGUUGUUGUGGGAAGACAGGACUUUUUAGUAGGGGAGCUGGCGAGACAAGACGUAUGACGGGCGCGGCACGGUGGCUUGUUGUGGAUAGUGGUGACUGUGCAGCUGAUAGUGCAUGCAGGGAAAUCUUUCCGGCACAUCGGCACUCUUCAACACUCAUUGAUGCAUCUGAAUGGUCCACGGGUUGCAAACGGAGAGAGACAUACGUUCGCA